GAUUCUUCAGAUCCUCACCCUUACAUUCAGCAACUAGCUAAGAAUGGCUCUUACCAUCUAUCUUGCUAGUUCAACGUGAAGACAUGAGGGGUGAAAUGUUACAUUAAAAAAACUUGAGAAAAGAAAUAGCAGAAUUCCUAGUUCCUUAUUGGGAAACAAUAGAGAGAUCAUAUAUCAAUAGCACCAAAGCAACCCUUCGAUGCCUCAGACAUGAGCAACAUGUUAUCAUUCAUUACCUGUCAGACAUAAGAAACCAUUUCAAGGACUAUUUGAAGCGUCCAGACCACAAGCAGGAAUUUGUGACUCAGUGGCAAAUGGAUUAUAAUUCAGUGUCUGAUGAUUUAUGGGAUGAUGACGAAACAAAAGAAGAACUACAUCAAAGAGUUACCGAUUUAAGAGAUCGCUUGUGGGAUAUCUGUGAGAACAGGAGAGAAGAAGCUGAGCAGGAACGUUGUGAUAUUAUGAACGAUGGCUGGUUGCCCGACCGAAUUGGGCUUCUGAUGAACCACAUUUUUUCUCUUAUGCAGGAUGAAAUGGACCGUUUCCAAGAUACCAAAAAACUUCUAAGUGAUUAUUAUAGAGCAAUGGAAGGCAAAAUUCCAACAGACACCAGCUCUGACUUUUCCAGAAUACCCUUAAUAGAUGUGAUGGAAAGAAAGCUAUCUAUGGAAGAGUCCAAGAUGAAAAUAAUUCCUAUGAUUGCUCACAGAUCUCCUUCACCAGAAGUUAACAGAGAAAGAAUCAAAUUGAUUCCAGUUAAGAUCAAGGAGGAUCUGUUUUCAGAAAGUGUAAUAUUUAAUUUCAGCCCAGAUGAGAAACUGCUCACAGAGACAUGGCAUUAUAUUACAACAGCUAUAUCUUCCAUGGUGAGUUCUGAAAUUCAGUCAAAAGAAGCGGAAGAAGAGAAAGAACGGCUUCUGGAGGAAAUGAAGGAAAAAGAGCGCCUCAGAUCUUCAAUAGCAAUUGCUGGCAAAGGUGGCAAGGAAGGAAAAGGGAAAGGAGGAAAAGGCGAAAAGGAAGGAAAAGGUGGAAAAGAUGGGAAAGCGGUCAAAGCCAAGGACAGCAAAGACGAUAAGAAAGGAAAAAAGAAAGGAACACAUACUCCAUCUGCCACUGAACUAGUAGCUACUCCUUUAUCCCCAGAGGAAUUAAAGAAGCAAGAAUUGAAGCUUAAAUUGAAACAGGAAUAUUUUGCUGCACUGGAGCAUGAAGCGGAGGCUGCAAAAUCUCGUCUUGAGCUGUUAAAAGUUAAAGGAUUAGCUUUCCUGGAGGAUCUACAAUCAAAGGCAGAAGAAACAUACAGGAAUAUGGAAAAAUGGCUUGGCGAGAGAUAUCUUGCUGAAAUGUCUAGUGUGGAUAAAUUAAUUGGGGUUGCCCGGCAUCGUAUUGAAACUUCCUCCAGAAUUCAGUUUGAGUUACUCCUGGAAGGAAUAGAUUUCUACGUAAAUGGUGAUAUAAAAGUAUUUGAGGAUCCUUCUCUUCCACCUCGUCCCCCGUCUGUGGAGACUGCUUCAAACAGUACACUCACUAUUUCACAGCUUAGUACUCUUCAUAAGCAGUUUCUGCAAGUGGCACCUAAAGCCAUAGCAGCACUGAAGCAACUUAAAAGCAAGAAGGUAAUUCCAGGCAAACAAAACUAUUCAAAGAAGAGUCGCCAGUUUCCAAACAUCUGGAUGUUGAAGUACACGUGGUUAAAAUAUGACAGUGACAAAGGCAUCAUGUACUGUGCUCUGUGUCGGAAACAUAAUGUAGACCUAGGGGAGAAGACACACAAUUUUUGCUCUGGGACUGAUGAUUUUAUUCUUGAAUUAGUUGAUGACCACCAUAAUAGUGAAGCUCAUGCAUGGGCUUCCUGUAUGGAAACAGCUAGUAGUUCUACCCCAGACUCAGAUACCACUCAGCAUGUGUUAAAGAACAUGAGUAAAACAACAUUGGGAAAAAUUGAAAACCUCUUUAGAACAUGCCAUGCCAUUGCCAAAACUGGACGCCCCUUCACAGACCUGGACUGGAUAAGUGAACUGGAUGAUACGAAGAGGGUGAACAUUGGUUCCAUUUUCAGAAAUGACAAAGCAGCAAGAAUCUUUAUUCAUUUUAUUGCUGAAGUGGAAAGAAGAGCCUUGAAAGAAAAAUUAGAAAAAUGCAAGUUCUUCUCUCUCAUUAGCGAUGGCAUUACGGACAGUGGAACAACAGAAGCAGCCCUUGUAUAUAUACAGUUUGCACAUCAAGGGAAAAUCCACUGCCAGAUUGUUGGAAUUCAGUCCAUAGACAUGUAUGAUGCCUUGACAGUGAAAAAUGCCAUUUUAAAAACUUUACAAACCAAUUUGAAAGUCAAUUUGCCAACCCACGACUGGGCAAGAAAACUGGUUGGCUUUGGCAGUGAUGGUAGAGAUGUUAUGGUAGGAGAAAAUGGAGUAGCUAGACUAUUGAAGGACAUCCAGCCAUGUAUUCAGAGCAUUCAUUGUCUUGUUCACCAUCUUGAAAUGGCCUACAAGAUGGCAUUGAGGAACACUCCACUAUUCAAUGUACUUACGGAUCUAUUAAAAAACUUGUACUGUUUUUAUCAUGACUCUCCAAUGAAUAAGAACAACCUUAAGCUAAUUUGUGAAGCCUAUAAAGUUACACCAGUGGUUCCUUCUCGAAUUGGUGGUUCUCAAUGGUUUCUUCGCUUACAGACAGCUCUUCAGAUCCUUCUGAAAGGUUACCCAGCAAUUGUCCUACACCUGAGUAAGAUGGGACAAGAAUCAGACUCCUCAAAUCAACGAAAAGUCAAAGAUCUCUUGAAGUUUCUUCUAAAAACAGACAUAGUUAAAUUUUCUCACUUCUUAUUAGAUGUCAUUAAUGUCAUCAACAUUCUGUCUCGUGUUGCCCACAAUCAAAACACUUCCAUUGCAGACGUGUUUGCUACGAUUCAGUCAACAUUGGAGAUACUCCAAGUGUAUCAAAAAAGAUCAGGGCCACGAGAACGUCUGGUAGAGACAAUCACAUGUUUUCAUGGUUACCCUCUUGUGGGUGAUGGAAAUAUUUCAGCAACCCGAUUAGAAUUAUUAAGCAGUCUCUUGAAUCAGCUGCGAGAUUGUUUUUGUGAUGCUAGUGAAGAUGUUUUGAUCGCAAGCGCCAUUGGAAGCUUUAAGCUAUGGCCAGACAAAUUCAAACAAGAAUUUGGUGAGACGGGAGUAUCUCUACUGAUUCAGCAUUAUGAGCCUGUCCUAGAAUGGGCCAAAGUGAAAGUGGAUGAAAUUGAAACGGAAUGGAAUAUGCUAAAAGCAGAGCUAUAUAAUAGAUAUGAAAACGUCCGGAGCUUAACGUGGGAUUUGGUAAACAGAGAUUUUUUCCAUAAAUAUCCAAACAUUUUGGCCCUUAUUGAUCUUCUCUUGACACUGCCAGCAAGUUCCAGUGAAGCAGCACGAGGCUUUGGUCAAAUGAAGCUGACAAUGAUGAGGCUGCGUUCAAAACUCAUGUUUGAAAGUUUAAUACCAAGUAAAACAUUCAUAGAUAUUUUGUUUGAUUUGAUCACUCUGAAUCUUGGGUCCAAUAUGCUUCCUGAUGCCUGGCUACAUCUCUCUAUGUAUGAUUUGCAGAGUCUAUCGUUAUUCCUACUUGUGAAUUUGGACACAGUGGACUGGCGGAGAUUCUUACAUGCAGCUUCCCAACCUUGGCCUAUUCCCUCUGUAACGGAACUGCUUGAAACAUUACAGAGAUUUCAAGACGUGGAUACUGAAGGAUCUGGAUUUGUCACCCAGGAACAAUAUGAUCAGGUUGGUCUGUGGUUUAAAGGCAGGGAAGAUUUACCCGUUCCAGAAAGUCCUAUAGAGCCUUUGCCAUUUAACCGUCAGAAGCAUCUUAUAGAAUUUUUGUUCACUUUAUUUGCUGAUCCUGAAAAAGACCCUCCUCAACUGAACUACACUAACAUGCUGCUCUACUUCGCCUCUUACCCUGAUGCUGUAGAUGGUGUCUAUCGAGCUCUUAGUGUCGCAACAGGGAUAUAUAUUCAAAGGAAGAGCGAUAAACACUUUUCUCUUCCUCAAAUGUUUGUAACAUCUGCUGAGCAACUCAUAACCACUGCUGCUCAGGAUGAACAGGCAGAGGAGGAGGCUGGUGAAGAAGGGGAAGAAGAAGAGGAGGAAGAGAAGGAAGAGAAGGAAAAAGAAGAGGAUGACCUGUCUAUUGGCAAUGAUGGAUACAUCUCUCUGGCUACACUUCUCCUUGUAUUCCAGUAUGAAACAAACAAAGCUUAUGACAAUCACAGAUUUAGUAGUCAACUGACAGAAGAGGAUAAUUAUGAGCAUUUUAUUAAGGUAUACCAGGAUCUUGGCUCUGAAGAUCUGAAGCCCAUCAAAAUUAAACUCCUUUUGAAGCACCCCUUCAUUCAAGACUUAAUUAAUAACUAUCAGGGGUACAAACUUCCUACCAUUUACUGGACAGAUGGAACAUUACCCUGGGUCAGGGACAAAGGUCUGGCAUGUUAUGGGAGAUGGAAAACAUUGAUGCUAAUGUUCAAAGGGUAUACAAAAUAACAUUUCCCCCCACAAAUAAUAGCUUUUAAAAUAUGAACCAACAAAGGUAGAGUUCUUGGUUGGUUGUUGCAGGCUUAAGUUGGAUUUGUUUGUUUUCAAUGCUAUGUUUGUUUAGAGGAAAGUUACCUUGAAUGCAGCAAUCUUCUACAUUCCAUUUCUACCUGCAUUAUCCAAAACUAACCUUACCCUUGUUGGCGUAGAAUAUAGAUAAAACCGAAUCUAAACAUAUUUUAAAAAUAUUUCCGUGUUUUAAUGUGAUUUAUAAUUCAGUUAAUUUAAACUGUCAUGUGUCUUUUGCAACAAUGCAAGUUAUUUUCCUGAAAUACUUUUCUAUAUUUUUGUAAAGCAACUUCAUAAUAAAAUAAAUGCCAAUGUAACUGAGCAUAGCAAGUUUGAUAAUAAGAUUAUAAUUUGUGGCUUUAAAAAUAAGAGAAAAUGAAACCAUAUCUUUACAGUCAGUAAAAGGACCUCCCUAACAAUAUGGAUGGAAAAUGGUUUAAUUUUCUCUUAAGUGUAUUCAGAGGCAUCUAGACCAGUGUUUUCAAACAUGCUUGUCCAUAGUGGCUGAGGAAUUCUGGAAGGUGAAGUCCACAUAUCUAAAAGUUGCCAAGGUUGAAAAACACUAAUCUAAAGGAAGCCAUGAUUUUUCAUCAGAAGGAUGAAAUGUGGUGUCAUGACACAAUGUCCAUUCUUUAGAUAUUUGGAUGUACCUGGAUGGAUUAGUUUUUUACCACAAGCAAAGAUUUUAAAUUAAUAUGCAUCCAUUAGAGGUUUAGCCAAUUGUUUCUAAAGAAGUAAUACAUUUAUGUGGGAUGAUAUUUUUUUUAAUGCUGUGAGAAAAACUGCUUUGGUAACCAAAUCAGUGGUUUGUUGAUCAAAGCAAUCAGGUAGCUAUAUAGUUGCAUCUUUCUGAUUCAUUUUUCUCUUAUUUCCAUAGGAUUUUAAAAUGAUUCUGCAGCAGGCACUCCAAAUUCAACCAGUUAAUGGAGAUAACAUCACAUUCUAAAGAAGUUAAAAUUAGAGGGCAGGGGAAGGAAGUCUGCAAAUGUUUUUGAGCACCACAGAAGUAGUUCCCAAAUGGCCUGGAUGUUGGGUUAAUUCUUACUCACUUGUAGAGCUGUGUCCUUUAAUUAGAAUAAAAAUGGUUUUGUGUGCGUUCUCUUUUAAAUAAACAUGGAUUUAAUUGAAGCCGA